GCAUGAGGAGGACGCUGUUAUCGCCGGGACCGGGACAGACACCGGGUGCCGCUGCCUCUCUGGUCCUCUGAGCCGGACCGGGCUCGUGCCAGAUCCUCGUUGUAAGCUACUAGAGUAGAGUUAUGGGAUUUUAGCUCCGUGACCCACAUCUGACGUCAAAGGAUGUACAUAUAGGAGUGUGGAGACAGUUUCCAUGGUCCAGUCUCAUCCAGCAAAAUGAUUGGCUCGUCCAGUCUCUCAGGGGACACCUUGAUCGCGUGUCACUUCCCCGUGGUCCAGCUUCCCACCUGGCAACUUCCCGUCCAGGCUUUGUGCGGCUCGGCCAAACGGUCCGGCCGCCUCUGCACAGCAGGCCUGACCAGAGCUGUGUCUCUACCGGAGCAAGACUCCGUCAACCGAGAGCAGGCCUUCUCUGGGGGUCGGAGACCUUUCUCCAGCAGCUACGGCAGUCUCAAUGAGGAGCGGACGGAGGAGGAGGGCACCAGUGACAGCAGCGGGAGAUACGACUCCACCUCCUCACCGGAGGAGACGAGUUCCGAUCAAAAGAAAGAAAACUCCGAGGCUCGAGGCAGUGUGCGGUCACACAACUCAUUCCUUCCGAGCACAGAGUUAGAUGAGGAAGAGGAAGACAGUGAUGGUGAUAAUCUGCACAGAUAUCGUGAAGACUCGUCUUUUGUAUUGCAUGGAAACUCAAAUUGGCCUCUGAGUGAUGGUGCCAGGAGUUACACAACCCCCCGAGGAGACCUGGAUAGUGAAUGUGGCUAUGAUGGGACUAAGAGCGAUCAAGACUGGCUCUCUAACCCUAACCCUUACCAGCUGAUGGACUCGCCGCACACUGAUUAUGGAGAGCAGGACUCGGACAGACUGAAGGACAACAGCCCUCACGGUUGUUCUCAAGCGUUGUUGUCCAACACAGAGGACAUCAGCGACUCUUCCUGUAACAGUUCUGACGGCGUCUUGGUGAACUUCUGCGCGAUGUACAACAGGAGCAACAACCCCGUCACACCUCACGACCUCAGCAGCCCUGCACUUCACCCCUCUCGGUCCUGUGAGGGAUCUGUGUUCCUCAACCUCCAGCCUGUGCGGCUGACUCCCACUGAGGACGUCCAGCAACAUGACGUGACUGUGAGCUCUCCCCAGGAAGAGCUUGUCGAUGUGACACCCUCUGCUUCAUGCUGGUCUCCACAAGGCCUCGACUCUAACUGCAACCUGUACUCUCUAGAGGCGAUACCCCCGGGUCUUUCCUCUCUGGAGGUGUCCGACCUGACUGCCUGUCUCCAAACCCAGACCGCAAUUGCCAUGGAGACCAGCCAGAAGUACUACAAACUUGUGACUUGUGACCUUUCCUCCCAGUCACCCAGCCCGGCCUGGUCCAGUCUCACUAGUUUCCCCGAAGGUCCGAGCAGAGGAAGCCACAUCCCUCUCUCUGAGCACGUCUUAAAUCAUAACAACAAAGAAGUAAGGAAGGAUAAAGUUGAUGGACUAAAAGAAAAGCUGUUCUCCUCACCACAGUGCGGCUCUGGGUUGGACAGCUUCCUGUUUCAGACUCACGAUGACCAGGUUGCCACCACUUCCACUGACCAAGCCCUCUGCAGGAAGAAGUGUACAGCAGUGUACAGCAGUAACUGCCAAGACAUGUGUGCUGUGUCCACACAGCCAUCUGUGAGUUCAAACCAGGAGCGCUCCACUACUGAUUCUACUGACAAAGGUACAUGUUCAUUGGAAAAUGGAGUGGUGCGCUACAGUAAGGCCCAGAGGCCAACCUCGCUGCCCAUUCAGCCCUUUGUCCUUAGUCCUGCAGUCAAAUCCCAGUCCCAGACUCAGCACCUGGGCUGUCUCCUGGAGCAGUACAUCAACCAAAAGGGCAGCAAGUCUAAAAGCUUCCGGCCUGGCUUUAAUGGCAAGAGCAAAACAAGUCUGUGCUUUUCUAAUCUUCAGCCGUCGCCCAUGGGCAGCUAUUGCCCCAUCCUCCUGGAAGCUCCUUCAAGCACUGACACCUGCUCCACCUGCACGCCAAGCCCAGAGUGCUUCAGCCGCAGACGCACAUGGUGCCAGUUCACGAGAAGCCAAGAGCGCCUGAGUCUGUGUACUUCAAAAAGCAGCCUGGAUUCGUCUCACUGCAGCCCGAACCCUCGACCCGUUCAAGUGCAGGAUAGUAGAAACCCGGGCAAAACUCAGAGCAACUAUUUAUUCAAUUUGCCCUCAGACAUAAAUCAGUCGAACCUUGUCAAAAUUCCGACCUACCAGAACCUGAUCAACCUCUCGCCGGAGCAGAGCAGUCAUAAACCUCACACUCUCCGUGAUUUCCACAGUCACAUCUCCUACCAUUCAAUAUUUUCUCACCCACCGCCCAUUUUACCCGUAACGACUGAUUUGCAUCGCCAAGACCCGCACGUUUACUCAUCUCCUCCCACGUUCUCACCAUCGGAAGAAGAAGAAAGAUUCCCGCAGCACGGAGCUGCACCUGCAGUCAAUGCCGGCUGCUUUCACAGUAGCGUUGCAGCUGCCCUCUCCUCAGUCGCUCCCCUCUCCUCUCUGAGCUCCCUGCUCUCUCUGGCUGCCUCCGGGCUCCAUGUGCAGGGGAUCCAGGACUCGGUCGGGCCCUGUGGGAAACACAGCCCGAGUCAGCAAAAUGAAGCGCUGAUGCCGGGUGACAGGCCUCCUACAGAGUUCUGCCUCUCGCCCGACACGUCAUACGAGUCCCUAUCUAUCAGCCAUCUUCAGAGGAGAGGUCUGCUCAGGUCUGUGAGCAGGGCAGUGGAUUUGAUCAUGGCUCAUUUUGGCAGCAGCAGAGAUCCGGAAGAAAAGAUGCGUCUUGGUAACAGCUCCUGCAGUCCCACAAUUGCAGGUCUGGUCCUGAAACAUUUGUGUCCAACAAUCCAAAGAAUUCUGGAAGACGGACUCAAGGAUCACAACCUGGAUCUCAUUAUUGGACAGCGUCGCAACCACUGCUGGACUGUGGUGGAAGUCUCCACGAGGAUCACUACUUGUUCCUCCACUAAAGUUCUCCACAGCUUGGUCUUAAAAAUCCAACAGUGUCCUCAUCUCACCAGCCACUGUAUGAGACUCAGAGCCUUCUUAAUAGGCUUGCUUAACCUACGAGGCCUGGAAUUCUGGCUCAGUCUCCUUCACAGUCAAAAAAAUGUGGUGACAACAUACUAUCAUUCUUGGGGGUUCCUGUCAAUGUCACUGGGACGGUGUCAGCCCUUGUUUCAGGAGCUGCUGCUCCUACUGCAGCCUCUCUCUAUGUUACCCUUUGACCUCAACUUGCUCCUGGAGCCCAGACUGUUGUGUAACAGACAGCUGUUCUCUGAAGAGCCGAGAGUGUCUCCUCCUGAGCCAUGCUCAGCCUUCCUGGUGACCAGCUGGCCACAAUUACGAGUGGGUAGAAAGAUGGAGCGUUUCCCCGACAGUCAGCAAACCGCUUCACACCAGAAUGGUCUGCGUUGCAAAGACUCGCUCAGUCCUCUGGAUUCAAGUUGCACCAGUCGGCACAGUGGAGGGUUGCAGGAUAACAGGAGUCCGUGGUUAGCUUCGGUUCCAGAGUGCUGGCAGAAAGAGCCUGACCUCAUGGAUGGUGUGGCUGAAGGAGAAGACUGUAGUCAGGUUUGUACCGAUAGCUGGUCUCAAAUAAGUAUGAGCACUGGAAAGGAAGAGACGGGGAGCGAUAAAGACAGUGGGAGCCCGCAUGUGUCCACUUGUGUCCAGGUGGACAGCCCAUGUCAGAGAGGGCCACGUUGGGCCAAACUGUUCGGAGCAGCUGUUACGGCCACCAGAGCAGAGACAGUUUCUCAGAGUUUUGUUGGAGCAAAAACUAGAAGGCGACCAUCUGAGUGGCUUCAUUUGGACAGAUCUCAUCUUGGACUCUUGGCUCAGUCCAUAAAGGCGAUGAAGCUGGUAGGAUCACCGAAAAACUAUUGAGGAAUACGCCCUGCAUAGAUGGCGUAGAGCCUAGUUACUGUUAUAACAAAACAGGUUUAAAUGCAUGAUAAUACAAAAUGCAGCUGACCCGACGAGAAAGCACAGAAAAUAUCAAAUGUACACAGUCAUCAAGCAUUAAUUACACUAUUCUUACUAUUCUUAAAUCCAUUCUCAACUAUAUCAGAUGGUUUGAGAACCAAACACAAAUCAGGUUUCACCAUUAAAACUUCAGAUUAUGUGUCUUAACUUGAGUAAAAACAUGAAUAAUAUAGUAUUAACAUAUUUAUAAUUCCAGAUUAAUGGCCAAAAAUAUAUUUGUAAAGUAUAUUAAACUAUAUACGUAGGCUUACUCUGUACUUUGAGGUUAUUGUCGUUGAUGAAAACCAGUUAUUUCUGUGAAAUGUAGCUCAAAAUAUUCACUGUUCAUAUUUAUGUGGACAGUUUCAACAUGACGUGUUUUAGUCUUACAUCUAAACAUUUCUACGUAUUUAGUUUAACCUUUAGUUAAAAGGUUAAAGGGUUAACGUUUAGUGACGGCUAGUAUGAGCUAGUUUGUGUGGUGCGGCCUUUUAAUUCAUUCAGUGAAGUGUAAACCGUAACCGUCAUAAAUCAUCUUAUCUCGGCUUACUUUGAACUUUCAAAACAGCCAGUGCAGCCAGUUCUAGUUCAGAUAAUGCAUGUCUCAAUUGUUUUAUUUUGUUAUUCUGCUCAUAUUAGUUGUGAAUUCAAGCUUUGUGAAAAUGAACAGAUGUCCGAUUCUCUCCAGGAAUAACUGCAAGAUCCCUGUCCCUUCUGUUACUCUCCUUUUUAUUUCUUUCUCUCCUUCAACCAUGAAAUGUGAAUAACGGCCUGCUGUAGACUACUGGACAUUUCUCAUAUGUUAGUUUCCUUCCUUUAUCAUUAGGUGAGAUAAAAAAAAAGAGUCAAGAAAUGCACUGUUAUUGUUGUCUCCUGUAGUGUCAGUGAUGUUUCUAUUGCCACCACAAAUUCCCUGCAUGGAAUUUCUCCUCAUGCAUGAGUUGACAAAGAUGCAGUAGGCUGCAAUUAUCCUUCAGACCUUUUAACUGCCUGUUUAUGUGGGUUUUUUUUUUAUCCAUAGAGAAAGUUUCUGGAAUUUGUUUUGUCCCUGGUACUACUGGAAUCUUAACUGUAUAGCAGAGUCAGUAUGUAAGAGUUGUUGAGUUGCACAAAUAUGAGCCACCUUGUGGCUGUUUCAGGUAUUAAAAAUGUGUGUGAGGUAUAUUUUGAUAGAUGCAGAAGCAGAGUGACUGAAUAGAUGGAUACUUUUUAAUGUGCUGCAAUAAUGUGAAAUGAUACCACCCAGUAUUUUUCUUCUUAGUAUCUGAAUGCUUCCUCUGAUGCCCAGCGACAAUCAAAACUCUGUCAAUAAAGACGUAACAUAUUUA